AUGUCCACUAACUCGAGCGACGCUGACGCCGCCGCGGCGCUCGCGGCGCUCUCCACCAUCGCGCUCGACAACACCCUCGGCGCGUGGCUCGUGGGGGUCGUCUUCAGCCUCCUGCUGAACGGGAUGCUCAUCAGCCAGACGUUCCAAUACUACCGGGCUUUCCCCAAGGACCAAAAGCUGCUCAAGAUAUGGGUGGCCGUAGUGGUAUUUUUGGAAACUUUCACUUCGGCGCUCAUCUGUCACACUUCUUACUUUUACCUGGUGACUAAGUACUGGGAUUCGACGUAUUUCUUCGUCAGCCCCCCGGUGUGGUCGCUUGACCUGCUGCCUGUUCCUGGUUCCGUCGCGGCCCUUUUGUCCCAGAGCUUUUUCGCUCGUCGGGUAUGGUUGAUCGCACCGAAGUUCCGACCCGUUGUAGCGGUCGCCAUCAUUCUUAUCAUAGGCAACGUUGGCUGCUUUAGUGCCCUGGCUGUGAAGAUGUUCCGGGCACCCAACAUAACAGAAUCCCUCGGGUUUUCGUGGCUUGCCACUGUUGGAUCGUCCAUCCAGAUGGGCGGGGACCUGAUGAUCACGUCGACCCUCAUCUAUGUCCUCCACACUAGCCGUGCUGGGAUGAACAAAACCAACACCAUGCUCGACACACUCAUCACCUACGCGAUCAGCUCAGGUAUGACGACAUGCGUCGUCCACAUCCUAAACGUCUCCUUCUCGAUCAAAUACCCCGACAACUUCAUCUACGCCGCGCUCUCCUGCGUGCUCACCAAGCUGUACGCCAACACCUUCCUCGUCGCGCUGAACACCCGCAAGUCCCUCGGGAUCAUGGACGAUGGCACGUGCGAGACCUCGCCCUUCCACGGCUUCAGCGGCGCCUCCGUCCGCAUCCACCACCCGCAGCCGAGCGUGCACGUCUCGAACGGCGGGUUCCCGUACAGCCAGACCGCCUCCGGCGGUCAGAUCGAGCUCAAGGUCGUCACCGAGGUCGCCGACGACGACGCGGACGAGUACGACGGCCGCGGGAGCAAGACCGCGCCGUACGACGCGUGA